GUUUACACCUGCAGAUAUGGAGAGGAGACCAGUCUAUAAUGAUUAUGGAGCCAUACAAGGUAUCGACAACCCUGUGUACAUGCCAUCAUCAUAUUCAGAACCAGGAGAAUGUCUUCGUCCCUCGAUGCCCACGGUGACCGUGCCAGCUCAACCCAAUUGGAAUAUUAACUCCAUCACAGAGGAAGAUGCACGUGAGGCGUUUAUUAGUUACGCAUCCAGUAAAUGCUGUUACAGAUCUGAGCCGGCUCGAGAAGGCGUCAUCACCAACUUAGAGCCCUUUAACACCUACAGGUAUUGCUUGAGGACUUUUGCUGAGAAGAGAUCUACUGAAUGGUGUCAUGAACCGUAUACAGGUCAACAUGUGGAUGCACUCAUCCACCCUGCUCCAAAGUUGUGGGCGAUCGAAGCCGAAGCACCUGCUUUCUUUAAGGAUCAAAAAAAGACCAUCAGAGUGCCGCAUACCUCCUCAGUCAAGAACUGCCAUGCCUGUAAUGGGAUGGGGACAAAGCCAUGCAAGGACUGUGCUGGGUCUGGAAAUAAAGUUUGCAGGGCUUGUAAUGGUAGCGGGUUUUGCAACGGAACUGAUCUAUGCUCGUACUGUGGCGGCCGCGGAAGAAAAAACUGUAGCACGUGCAAUGGCAAUGGAUCCUGUCAGUGUAACCUGUGCCGAGGGAAGAGACGGCUCCUCGUCUUCAUGAAGCUCAAGAUCAAGUGGACUACUUAUAAAAACGAUUUCCUGGUGGAGCAGUCGAGCGGUCUGAAAGUAAAGAAAUUCAAAAAGGUCUCCGGAAGGAUGAUGUUCACAGAUUCCCAGCACAUGGUUGGUCCAGUGGUGGAUUUCCCAGACGCUUCACUGAGCCAAGCGUCUGAGCAUUUUAUACAAGAACAUCAAUCUAAGUAUAACAAGACUUCUCGCAUUCUGCAGCAGCGUCACACCAUCGAGCUGAUCCCAGUCACCAAGGUGAACUACACCUGGAAAGGGAAAUCCCACUCUUACAUUGUGUUUGGGAACGAGAACUGUGUGUACACUGAGAGCUACCCGGCCGCAUGCUGCUGCUCUGUCAUGUAAUCCCAUAAUUCAGCAUUUUGCU